AACAUACAGUCAACAACAAUACCCAAAGCCAAUCUCUCUCUCUUCUCUUCUCCCCUAAGUAAACCACACCACCUUAGCCUCUCCCUCUUUGUCUCUCUCUGUGUACCGUCCAGUUCGAAAUCGCAAGAUUAUUGCUGUUUAAUAAUAGUAAUAUUAUGGGUUUCAGUACAGUUUAUAAAUGCUUGACGGACGUGUUUCCUCAGGUUGAUGCACGAAUUCUGAAGGCAGUUGCCAUUGAACAUUCAAAAGAUGCCGAUAUUGCUGCUGAAGUUGUUCUUUCAGAGGUUAUUCCUUCACUUUCCAGGCAUUCUGCAGCUCCUAGUCCUCCCUGUGAGGAUACCAGCCCAAGUCUUCCAUUAGAUGGACAAACCGAACAAGAGGAAGAAACUGGGCUGAGGCAUCGGCAGGUUAGUUUGGUGAAAAGUGUGAGAUCUUCUGAACCAGGAUUGAUAGCCGAAGAAGAUGAUGGGAAAACUGAGUUAACAAGUGGUGUCAAUGAUGGUGAUUCAACCCAUCAAGAAAAUAGGCAGGAUCAACCUAUAGUUGUACCUUCUGGUGCAAAUGCUGACACCAAUCAGUUGCAAGGGCAUAUUGAAACCGAACAAGAGGAAGAAACUGGGCUGAGGCAUCGGCAGGUUAGUUUGGUGAAAAGUGUGAGAUCUUCUGAACCAGGAUUGAUAGCCGAAGAAGAUGAUGGGAAAACUGAGUUAACAGGUGGUGUCAAUGAUGGUGAUUCAACCCAUCAAGAAAUUAGACAGGAUCAACCUGUAGUUGUACCUUCUGGUGCAAAUGCUGACACCAAUCAGUUGCAAGGGCAUAUUGAAAGUGAUGAAUUGAUACUGCUGGGAAAGCCCCAACACCAAGAAGGCAUUUCGCAGCCUGGGUCAAGUCAGACUCUGAUACUAGUGUCAAAUGAUUUGCUGCUGGGAGUUAAUGCUGAAAAUAUGAAUUCCAAGCAAUAUAGACAAAUUGAACUUCUUGAAGAGAUUGUCGAAGCUGCUAAAGACAACAAGAAAACCUUGUUUUCGGCAAUGGAGUCAGUUAUGAACAUGAUGAAAGAGGUUGAACUUCAAGAGAUAUCUGCAGAACAAGCUAAAGAGGAGGCUGCUAGGGGAGGUUUGGACAUUCUAGUCGAGGUGGAGAAACUCAAACAGAUGCUGGUACAUGCGAAAGAGGCAAAUGACAUGCAUGCUGGAGAAGUUUAUGGGGAGAAGGCAAUCCUAGCUACUGAAGUGAGGGAGUUGCAGGCUCGACUACUUAGCUUAUCAGAUGAAAGAGAUAAUGCUCUUGCUAUUCUUGAUGAGAUGCGCCAAACCCUCGAAUCACGACUAGCUGCAGCAGAGGAGCUAAGGAAAACAGCUGAGUUAGAGAAGCUGGAAAAGGAGGAGACUGCACGAAAUGCUCUUGCCGAGCAAGAAAUCAUAAUGGAGAAGGUGGUGCAAGAGUCAAAAAUUCUACAAAAGGAGGCGGAGGAGAAUGCUAAGCUGCAGGAGUUUCUUAUGGACCGUGGUUGUGUUGUUGAUACAUUGCAAGGAGAAAUAUCUGUUAUCUGUCAGGAUGUGAGACUGCUGAAAGAGAGAUUCGAUGAGCGUGUACCAUUGAGUAAAUCUGUUUCUUCAAGCCAGACUAGUUGCAUUUUAGCCUCGUCAGGUUCAUCCAUUAAAAGCAUGGCAUCCAAUCUGGCCGCUGAAACAGGCGAGACAUCUGAGCUUCCAAAAGAGCCAAUCCUUGCUUGCUCAGUGGAAAGGGAUUUCUCUAAUGAGAAACAGCUUUUGGAUGAUGGAUGGGAUUUCGUGGAAGAGUGACCGAGAAACAUAAAGGAGCCCUUGUAAAUAGUUGAAUAAAGUCAACAGUUGCAGUCUAUAGUUAUUUUAUAUCAACAUUGGUGGUUAUGAUUUUAGACUGCUAGGUUAUCUUAUCAUUCUCUCGCUUACAGCCAAUGUUGAUUUCUAUACAAUCCAUCUCGUUAUGGUUGUAAGAAUUUGAAUAUAUUUUCAGAGCAACUCAUAUUUUCGGCGGUAGAAGCAACCAUUAAUCAAAGUUCAGGGAAGUUUCUAAGGA